AUGGUGCAGGGUCAGGUUGUUAUUGACUCGGCUGAGGUGGUUGAGAUAGAUGCGAAACUUGUUGCUGGUGAUGUAGACGAUACAUAUGCGACCCCUAUUUUUGAUGAGAUGGCUGAUGAAGUAGCCGAGACAAAUAUCCUUAUUGUUGAUGAGGUGGCUACCCCAGAUCUGAUUGCUAUUAUUGAUGAGGCUACUGCUGAUAAAGAAGUUAUAGCUCCUGCUUUGACGAAUGAUUCUAGACACUACUAG